AUGGCUCUAACAUAUCCAAUCGCUGUUCGCCCUCUAGCAGACACGUUUCCUGAACUGGCCCAGAUCCCCACUUUAGUAAACCAUAGGAUCAAUGAAGGUGAUGAGAAUGCUGCACACAGUGCGGAGAUGACGGUGCACGAACUCGAAACCCUUAGGCCUGCUGUAGCGGGAAUCUUAGAUGCAGCUGGCACUGUUGGGGGUGACAACAUCUUAGCUAAUCUGGACGAGAUCAGAAGGACUGGCAACGACAAUCGUGCAACUCUGCAACAGAUCCAAGAAUCAAUACAACAACAACAUGCAACACUGCAAAGGAAUGAAGCCAUGAUCGCCAACAUUCGACUAGCGAAUCAAAACAACAUGGUACCCCAUGACCGAGAUAAUUACACUCCACUCCAGAAAACAACAAUUGGACACGGACAUGGUCUAGCGAUGCAAGCGUCCCGGCCGGACAAUGUUAAUUUGAUCCCUCCCAUUGCUGCCAUUCAAGUUGCUGAAGUAGGAACCUGCCCGGCUUUCUGGAAUCCUGUCGCCGACGGGUACACAAUGAGGACCAUAUCCCAGUUGAUAAUCUUCUAUAACAAUGAUUUUGGAAUCCAGCCGGCUGAUAACAUGGAUGUUAGGAAGUCCAAAUUUCGUCGUUGGUUGUGUUCUUAA